GAUGGUUUCAGAUCAAUCCAUCAUUCGAACACCAUGGCCUCCAUUAAAGAUUCAAACGUCUGUGAGUUGUUCAGCAAAUCAAUGGAGGAGACGCAUAACAAACUUGUUGUCACGACAUCUGGGGAGAUAACCGAAGCAUGUUUGGAGUUGUACCACUCCAGUAAACAGAUUUUGAAAUCUGCCUUUGAUACAUGUUCAAAGAAAUUUAAGGAUGAUGAAAAAAUGUUUGAGACAGUGCAGGCAUACAGAAGAGAGUUGGAACACAUGGCUGUAUCAGUUAAGCAGAAACAGGAUUCAAUUUCUGAGACCUUGUCUGACAUCAAGCAAAAGGAGGAACGGAAAAAUGACCUGAGCCAGAAGAUACAGAGACUCGGAGAGGAGCAAGCCAGGAAGAAAAAGUUGAUGGAAUCUCAGAAAAAAGUAAACAAAGAGAAACUGAAGAAUCUCAACAGAGCCAAAGAAGUGUUUCAGGAACAUUUGGGGUUGGAGAUCAGAAAAAUCCGGGGUGAAAAGCUACAAUUUAUUUUCCGCAACAUCAACCCCGCAGAAGAUUAUGCAUCCACCUUCAUAAUGGGAAUUCAAGCUGAUGGGAUAUACCAGAUUUUGUCCAGUGACCCCCCGAUCGAGUGCCUGCCUGCUUUGGAAAAAAGACUCCAGGAGACCAAUAACUUCUCAGCCUUCCUGGCAAACGUCAGGAAAGAAUUCGUCUGUCAGGCGCGUUGCCUUUAAGCG